UGACUACUCCGUUUAAACCCCAUCCACCACCUCCUGUUCUUCCAACACCAGCGUUGCCGAUUCCUCAGUUAGAGUCUCUGAAAUUCAAAGCGACGCAAAUCAUCGACUCCAUUAUCGCUCUCCAGAGGACCGUCGAGGCAGGCGGGCAUCCCAGUGCUAUGCCUGCAUGGCCAGACAUCCUCUCGAAAUACAACAUCCUGCUCUCACAGACGCACAACUUCUCUACUGCCCUCGUUCAGCGUGUGCAGCAGGCCGGCCCCUCGUCCAGAGCACCCCCGCAGAACAUGUACGAGCGCAUCGCGUUGCAUCCCAGCAUGGGCAUGACAGACCAGCAGCUGGACGGAGAGGUCGCACCGUUGUUACGGAAUCAGCAGACGACGGACGUGCUGAGGAUGGAGAACGACACCGUGCGGAGGUUGGCGGAACACAUGAGCACACGGGGCUCGCUCGGGGUGCUGGGCAUCUCGCCCCCGCCAGCCCCUCCAGGCGGGUUUGGUGCGCCUCGCAAGCCAGAGUACGAGGACGUGCUGAAGGAAUGCGCGGAAAUACGCGAGGCACACGAUCGGCGAGUCGAACGCGCGGUGCGGGCGGUCACGAUGCUAAGGGAGAAGUUCGACUGGAAGCAGCGGGUCGAGGUCGAGGUGGAGGAACCGGAGGAGCUUGACUGGGACCCGAGGCUGGGCAGGACGCCCGACAAUGUCCCUGGAGACGUGGCGGAGGAUGAAGACAUGGGGUCUGCGAGUGAGGGUGAGGGUGAGGGUGAUGAGGAGGCCAACAGCGACGAGGACGACGAGUUCAACGUUGAAGGCGCUCUAACGGGUGCCGACGCGAUCUCGCCACAGAACGGCGACGGCGACAUGUUUGGAUCGGUGUCGUCGGCGGCUGCAGGUGGUGUUCCGGGGAAGGCCAACGCCGCAAUCGAUGUCGAUGAUGACAUGGUCGGAACUUGAU